GACUGUGGAGUUUAUGCCAGUAUUAUCAGUCGCGGUUUGCAAGCUUGUUGCGGUUAAUCUUACCGCUUUGUUUUACGAAAUAUUAAAUCCGAAUUUUAUAUGGUGACUUAUGAACAGUGAACUACAAUCUUUAUUUAACGUGUCUAUUAACAUUUAUAUCAGUAGAAAUGCCUAUAGUAUUCAGUGCAGUGAGUUAUGACAGGAACAUAGUUGCGAACUUCGCGUCCUGCGAUGGCAACUUUACAGAGAUUGCUGAGUGUGUGCUGUCUAAGUUGCCGGCGUGCAACAAUAAGAUGACAUACUCACAUGGAGUAUAUCUACUGCACUAUAUUGCUGAAGACAACUAUCUUUAUUUCUGUAUUACAGAUAAGCUAUGCCAGCGAUCGAGAGCAUUUCUGUUCCUCAACGAGAUACAACGAAGAUUCAUAACAAGUAAGCAAACCAUGGAAGACUUCACGACGGUAUUAGCCAACGAAAUGUAUCGAUACAGCGAAGAUUACAGCACUAUUGUCAUAAGGAAAGGGGAGUUGGAUGAACUUAAUAGUAUUGGCGUUGGAUGCAGUGAAAGUAUUCUCGGAGAGAAGAUUUUAUACAUAAACAAUCCAGAUAUUAUCUCAUACAGCACUGUGACGCACGUGAGCGCUACUCCUGGACUUUUGUCGAUAUCAGGCGUUUGUCCGACUCCAGAAGGAAUUAACGUUGCCAACACGACUUCACAAAUAAUUCUGACAUCAGAAGAAGCAUCAGACAAAACCAAAGAAGUCAGAACAAGUCUAACAACAGACAGAAUAUCAAAUGCGCCUCUAAAUACUGCAAAUACGUCACUAUUAAGUCCCCUUAGAGAAAAUGUACCAGUGAUCAGUCCUAGGUUAUACAUAGUAAUCAUAGGCGUGAUAAUGUUAGUUAUAGCCAUGUCUGUGUAUGCGUUAGGACCAAUAUCAUGUGUAGUUGUUACGGGUAUCGGAAUAUAUUCCUUGAUACGAUCUUAUGCCAAUUCUAAAGAUAAAUUGGAAUAGACUGAAUUUGUAUGUGGAAAAAGAAAUUAAUGAAACUAUUGGAUCCGUACGAUAACUAGACGAAUGAUUUUUGUUAAGAAAGGCAUUUAUUUUUAAGCUUGCAAAGCUCUUAAAAAGAAGGUUCCAGUCUCCUUCGGGUUCUAUAAACUUUUAUUCUGAUGAGUUUGUAUGGUGUAAUAAUUUCAACAAUAUAUGCUGUUUGAAUGAUUUCUAGCGACAAUAAAAUAAUGGUGGCGCUGAAAA